CAUGAGCGCUCCGACUCCAGCUGUGUACCAAGGCUAUCCCCCACCUUCACAGACCGUAAACCAACCACAACAAGGCUAUCCUCCACCUUUACAGACCGGAUACCAAUCACAACAAGGCUAUCCACAAACUGCAGCAGCUGGUUACCAGCCUAAUCAGACUGGAUAUCAACCUGGUGGGUACCAACAACAGACUAGUUUUUCACAGGCAACAAAGGCAGGGUACCCGCGAGAUCAGACUGGUUACCCACACGAACCGAAAAAAGGUUAUGCCGGGAAACAACAAUCUGCCUCACCAUCUUACUCACCAUCAGUGCCGCCACCACCUUCGGUGCCACCACAGCCCUCAGUGCCGCCACCACCCUCGGUGCCACCUCAGCCCUGCGUGCCGCCACCACCAUAUUCUCCUUGAACGUCAUAAAGUUAUCAGUUAUGAAGCCCAAAUUUGGACAUGAAUCUUCAUUUUUGUCGUAUUUGAUAUCUUUUAUAAUUACAUGUUUUAAGUAGUACACAGUUUUGUUUUAAUUAUCUUAGUAUAAUCGCGACCUUUUUACACAUUAUUAUUUACCCACU